AAAGAUGUGCAAUGGCUUUGUACAUUCGCAGGAAGGCGAUGGUGGAAGCCACAUUGACCGUGACCGGCGAGGUCAGGUCAGUCAGUCGCCGGCGAAAUAUACCCAGUUUCCUGCACUGCCCUUACUGCGGCGGCGGCGGCUGCCCGCGCGCCCGCCAGUUGGAUGCUUCCCGGAGGCCGCCGGCGAGAACAGAAGGCCACCGUCGAAACGGCCCAGUCAAACCCCGCGACCCCACAACUUGACAAAGUCCACCUCCCCUCCUCAUUCCCAGCCCCCUCCACAGGAUCCUCUACGCCACCACGGCCCUUCACCAACCAGAGGAACACACGGCCCAGCCGCAGAAGAUCCCACCACGGGGAUCAGCUAGCAGCCUUCAAAUACCGUGCCACCACGGGCGGCCUCCUCCAUUGCUUGCUCCUCUCCUCUCCCCUUCUUCCUCCUCUCUCCGUUGCCAGAGCGUCGUCACCCAGCCAUCUUCGCCGGGAAACGGGAAUCACUUGUUGUUGAGACGGGCAGGAUGUCUUCGCCUCCGACGGUGUCUGGAGCGGCGGCGGACGCGGCGACGGCGGGCGCGCCGGCGCAGCUGGCCAUCAGCAACGGGGUGCUGCUGGCGGCGGUGAUCUUCCUCUUCAUGGUGGUCGUCUUCGUCUUCCUCCUCUACCUCUACGCCAAGCGCUUCCUGGGGGCCAACCCCAUGCUCCACGGCGCCGGAACGGCCUCCUCGCGCUUCAUCUUCGUCGGCGACUCCCCGUUCCCGCGCCGCGGCCUGCCGGCCUCCGUCCUAUCGUCCCUCCCCGUCGCCGUCUACGGCGGCGGCGCCUCGCCCAAGACCCCCGGAGGCCAGGGGAGGAGGAGCGGCCGCGACGCGCUCGAGUGCGCCGUGUGCCUCUCGGAGGUGGCCGACGGCGAGAAGGUGCGGACGCUGCCCAAGUGCGCCCACCGCUUCCACGUCGACUGCAUCGACAUGUGGUUCCACUCCCACGACACCUGCCCGCUCUGCCGCGCCCCCGUCGGCCCCGACGCCGCCGACGGGCUCCCCCGCCUGCCGCGCGAGGACCACGCCACGCCGGAGUUCCCCACCAACGUCCUCUUCUGGGGCACCCACGACGACGUCACCAACGGCGGCCUCGGGGGGAUGCCGCCGCCGCCGCCGCCAGCCCCAACGCCCCCGAUCGCCGCCGCCUCCACCAGCUCCUCCGCCUCCGGGCGCAGGAAGGAGAACCUGGUGAUCGAUAUCCCAUCCCGGGCAACGGCGGUGGGCGCGGCCUCGUCCCCGGCCACGCCGCUGCCGGCGAGCGACCUCCGAUCCCCGAUGUCCGCCCGGCUCCGCUCGCUCCGCCGGCUCCUGAGCAGGGGCAAGCAGGCCGUGGUGGGCGCAACGUCCUCCUCCAGCCCGCGCGACAUCGAGCAGGGCCUCGGCGCCGGGCGCCCGCCCAAGACGCCGCCUCCGUCGUCGAACUGAUCCAUCCGGCGUGGCUCUCUGACGCAUUGGCUCGCCUCGCCGAUCACCGGAGAGUCCAUACAUACAUGUGUUCAUUCUUUCUUCUUCCCUUGCUUCAAUUUCUUUUGUCUUUCUCUCUUUCCGCCAAGGAUUUUGGCCAGCAAUUCUGAUGUAAACAAAGGGAUGUUUCGCAUUGGUGCCACUGAUUGGUUAUUGACGUUGGUUGAUGAAA